AUGUGUCGGCGCGAGAAGGAAUUGGCCGAGCGCGAGCUUGAACUUGCUCGACGUGAGAUCGCGAUGCUACGCGCCAACGAACGCGCAGGCGCAGCCAACCCAGUGAACGGCAACGACGAUAACGCUGUAGCAUUACCGACCAUGAACAAACGAAUGAAUCUGACGACGAUUGCGGAUCUGGUGAACGAAUUUGAUGGCGUUUCCAGUGACUACGAUACUUGGGAGAAACAAAUAAAAUUCAUUAAAACGACGUACAGACUAGAAGAUGAUUUCGCGAAAGUUCUAAUUGGAAUGAAGUUAAAGAAGAAAGCGCUUGAGUGGUUUCAUUCAAAGCCGGAACAUAUCGAGAUGACGUUCGACGCGCUUAUUGGCGAGAUAAAGAAGAUGUUUCGUCACCAUCAGAGUAAAGUGACGCUGCGAAAGAAGUUCGAAGGACGUCUGUGGAAGAAGGACGAAACUUUUCACGAGUACGUUCACGAAAAAAUGAUCUUGGGAAAUCGUGUGCCGAUUGCUGAUGACGAGAUGUUGGACUACGUCAUAGAUGGCAUCCCUGAUAAUACGCUGCGUGACCAGGCACGCAUACAACGCUUCGAUACGGCAGAAUCUUUGUUGGAGGCGUUCGAGAAAAUACAAGCAUUCUUAGGCCUCGCCGGGCACUAUCGUAAGUUCAUUCCGGGUUACUCGACGAUUGCGCGACCGCUAUCUGAUCUUCUGCGAGCAAAUGUUAAAUUCAACUUUGGCGCGGCUCAGAAAGAAGCGUUUACACGACUGAAAAUUUUGUUAAGCGAAAGACCGGUGUUAAACCUGUAUCGAGUAGGCGCGUACACGGAACUGCAUACCGAUGCGUCGAUGCAUGGUUACGGAGCGAUCCUUCUGCAACGAGACAACGAAGAUCAGCUGUUGCAUCCAGUAUACUACGCGAGCGGCAAGACGACACCUGCGGAAGAAAAGUAUACAAGCUACGAGUUGGAAGUACUUGCGGUCAUCAAGGCGCUUAAACGAUUUCGAGUGUACUUGCUUGGCAUCCCAUUCAAGGUCGUAACGGAUUGUCGUGCGUUUGCCCUUACGAUGAGCAAAAAAGCCUUUAGCCAACGCAAUGAAGAAGACGACGGAUACGAGGCGCUGCUACAAUUGCGGGUCACGUGA